AUGCGCUACCACGUGUGGCCCCGCUUCGAGCUCUACUCGGGGGUGGAGGAACGCGAGGACGACCACCUGUCCAUCGUGACGCUGGAGGAGGCGCCGUUCGUCAUCGUGGAGAACGUGGACCCGCUCAGCGGCACCUGUAUGAGGAACACCGUGCCCUGCCGCAAGCAGCUCAAGCUCAUCAACCAGACGGGCGACUCCGGUAUCUAUAUCAAGCGCUGCUGUAAGGGCUUCUGCAUCGACAUCCUGAAGAAGAUAGCCAAGUACGUCAAGUUCACCUACGACCUCUACCUGGUGACCAACGGGAAACACGGGAAGAAGAUCAACGGCACGUGGAACGGCAUGGUGGGAGAGGAGUUAAAGGACUUUGCGGAGGCACCCGACCUCCGCUGCGCGUCGGACGGUUCUAAGUUCUCCCGCAGGAAGCUGGACGCCUUCAUCUACGACGCGGCCGUGCUCAACUACAUGGCGGGCCGUGACGAGGGCUGCAAGCUGGUGACCAUCGGCAGCGGCAAGGUGUUCGCCACCACGGGCUACGGCAUCGCCAUCCAGAAGGACUCGGGCUGGAAGCGGGCGGUGGACCUGGCCAUCCUCAUGCUCUUCGGAGACGGCGAGAUGGAGGAGCUGGAGGCCAUGUGGCUGACGGGGAUCUGCCACCACGAGAAGAACGAGGUGAUGAGCAGCCAGCUGGACGUGGACAACAUGGCGGGCGUCUUCUACAUGCUGGGCGCCGCCAUGGCGCUGUCCCUCAUCACCUUCAUCUGCGAGCACUGGUUCUACUGGCAGCUGCGCUUCUGCUUCAUGGGCACCUGCACGGGCCAGCCGGGCUUCGUCUUCUCCAUCAGCAGGGGCAUCUACAGCUGCAUCCACGGCGUGCAGAUCGAGGAGAACAAGUCCAGCAUGGCGUCGCCCUCGGCGACCAUGACCAUGAACAUGAACAACACGCACUCCAACAUCCUGCGGCUGCUGCGCACCGCCAAGGACAUGACGGCCGUGCCGGGCCUCAACGGCUCGCCGCACGCCGCCCUGGACUACGGCGGGCACGGCGGCGGGGGCGUGUCCCGCGAGUCGGCCAUCUACGACAUCCAGGAGCACCGCCGCAACCUGUCGGGACGCCCCGGCGACGGCAAGGCGGCGCCGCCGCCGCCGCUGCUCCCCCAGCUGCCGCCGCAGCCGCCCGCCUACCUGCCCGACGACGGGCUGUUCAGCGACUACGUCAGCGAGGUGGAGCGCACCUUCGGCCAGCUCCCGCUGAAGGACGGCGAGCUGUACCCCGACCGCUACCUGCAGCACCACCUGCACCCGCCCCUGGGCCCGGGGGGGGCGCCGCCCAGCCGGCCCCGCAGCCUGGGCAGCGCCAGCUCGCUGGAGGGCGGCCUGUUUGACGGCGACAGCGUGGGGGGCGGCGUGGCGCCCAUCUUCACCACGCAGCCGCGCGCCUCCGUCACGCAGCGCAACACCAACAAGUUCGACCUGCUGGCCGGACACAGCCCGGCGCCCGGGCGGGCCGGCUCCCUGGUGGGGGGCAGGGAGCCCUCCCAGGGGUCCUUCAAAGGCGGGACCCCGUAUGGGCGCUUCUCCUUCAAGGGCGGGGCCUCCAGCGCGGGGCUGAUCGGGGGCCAGGAGCACUACGGCGGCGGCGGCGGCUUCGGCGGCGGCGGCUUCGGCAACGGGGGCGGGGCGGGCUCGGGCGGCGACGACGGCAACGUGCGCUCGGACGGCUCGGACAUCUCCACGCACACCGUCACCUACGGCAACCUGGAGGGCAACGCCAAGCGGCGCCGGCAGUACCGGGACAGCCUGAGGAAGCGGCCCGCCUCGGCCAAGUGCCGGCGGGAGCACGACGACGCGGAGAUGUCGGGGUUCAGGAGGAGACCCCACCCGCACACCGUGCACCACCACUUCCCCCACGGGCCCGCGGCCCACCGGGCCGUCUCGCCCCCCGCAGAGCGCCGGGGGAGAGGCGGCGGGUCCACCCACUUCUCGCCGUACCUGAUCCGCAAGGACAAGGGGAGCCUGCGGGACUUCUACACGGAGCAGUUCCGCGGCUCCCGGGAGGGCAAGUGGGAGCAGGAGGCGUGCGGGGUGGCGGGCGGCGCCUGCACCAGCCUGGUGCCCGUGGAGGACUUCCUGAAGGGCAAGGCCAAGAAGGCGGAGGGGAAGGCGGGCGGGCCGGCGGCGUCGGCCGGGCAGCAGCAGGCCCACAGCUGCUGGGAGCAGGGAGUCCCGGGGCUGGGCGGCGGCGGGGGCGGCGGGGGCGGCAUCGCCGGUGGCGACUGGGAGUGCCGGAGCCACGGCGUGCCGCACCACGCCGCCUGCCUGCCGGGCGGGGCCGCCGUGUGCCCCGAGGGGGGCGGGCUCAUGGUGGCGGGGAGGCCGGGCUCGGCGGGGGGGAAGCGCUGCGAGUGCUGCAAGAAGCAGCCCAGCAACCUGUACAACAUCAGCGAGGACAGCAACACCCUGGUGUUCAAGGGCGGGCUGGGGGGCCUGGGGGGCCUGGGGGCCCCCGCCCCGUCACAGGCCCACGCACAGCAGCAGCAGCAGCAGCAGCAGCAGCAGCAGCGCCGGAAGGUCCUGCGGCGGCAGCACUCGUACGACACGGUGGUGGACCUGCAGCGGGAGGGCUCCAGCCGCGGGGGAGGGGGCGGGCAGGGGGGAGGGGCCGGGGGGCAGGCCCCGCCCCCGAGGAGCGUGAGCCUGAAGGACAAGGAGCGCUUCAUGGAGGGGCCCAGCCCCUACGCCCAGGUGUUUGAGCGCUACGCCGGGGAGCGGGGGAAGGGCGGCUCCUCGUUCGACGGGCUGCACCGCCGCUCGGUGGGCGAGCGGGACCAGAGGGAGCGGGACCGGGCCGGGAUGGGGGGCAGCGGGGGCGGCGGCGGCGGCGGCGGCGGAGGGGGGAACAGGGGCUUCGGGACCUACUCCCUGUCUAAGUCCCUCUACCCGGAGACGGUGAACCAGAACCCCUUCGUGCCGACCUUCGGCGACGACCAGUGCCUGCUCCACGGGGGGCAGCCCUACUACAUGAACCAGCCCCAGACGCAGCCGCACCUCCUCAACAACAGCCGCGGAGGAGGAGGAGGAGGAGGAGUGGACAUCCGCUCCUCCGUGGGCAACGUCUCCUACCUUCCGGCGGCCAUGGGGAACCACCACGGUCCCAGCAAGAUGCUGCCCGUUGGGGGGAGGGAGGCGCUGGGCCUGGGACACGGCCAGAGACCCUUCAGCAGCGCCAGCAACGGACACGUGUACGAGAAGCUGUCCAGCAUCGAGUCCGACGUCUGAGGGGGGCGGAGGGGCAUCGUCGGGGGGAGGAGCAGGGGGGAGGAGCAGGGGGGAGGAGCAGGAACGUAAAGGACACAGGAGGUCGACCGAGGAGAAGCGUGAAAAGGGAGGACUAGCAAGACACGCUGUUGGAGGAUGUCUAUGCGGACGUGUGGUGUGUGUGUGUGUGUGUGUGUGUGUGUGUGUGUGUGUGUGUGUGUGUGUGUGUGUGUGUGUUUGUGUUUGUUGGUCCCAGAUCACUUAAGGAACCAUGUUUUGCCGCAGGACCCCUACCACUGCGGACACCAUCAGGAAGCCCUUCUUUAGUCUCAACAAGGAGGGAGGGGAGCCCCAACCUGACCUCUGAGGCCCAGAAACCAACAGAAGGUGUGUGCGUGCGUGUGUUAGUGCGUGUGUGCCUGUGUGGGUUCCAAAGGGUGGAUCCUUACAGUCGCUCCCUGCCUCUUACCGGCAACCGCGGACACCAAAACCGACAUUGACCGAGACAACGGAAAUACAAUCAUGAAUGCGAAAUCACUUUUCGGGUUUUUGUCUUUGAAACAGGGUAAAAACUAUUAAUAAUUGUAUGGAUAAUGUUAAUAAUGUUAUCGAAUAUGAUUCAAAUCUUUAUGAUGAUCAUUUUGGGUUGUUUAUAAAGUUUUAUUUAUUUGAAUAGUUCACAGUGUUCUAUAUUUGUAAUAAUGUUAAUGAUUUGCUAGCUUACCCAGUAUUACAGGAAACGGAGAGACCAGUUGUCGUCCCGAUAGAGUCUCCGAAGCGGACCUUUUUGGGUCCUAUAAUAUGGACUUACUUCUUUGUUCUUCUUAAUUCUUCCAUGUUUAAAUCUUUUGCUUUUUCCUGAUUUGGGGUGUUGUGAAGUGUACGUGGCCGGCAUGACUCAGUGGGUACAUUUUGAGUGCUUACAAGUGAAACGGAGGUCCCUCGCUCACAUCGAUUUUUCCUCUUUUCAACUCCCUCAUGGUAAAGGCACACCGACGUCGGUUCCAGACGCAGUGCUGGAUGUGCCUUACGGGAGGGUCGUAGUAGACCUUGUUGUCCGUGGUAGACAGCUCAUGCAUGCCAUGUGGUACAUUGCCCCUUCUGUUCCUUUAAAGAACAAUGUGAUGAGUGUUCCUGGUGGUCGGAGACGGAGAGCUCAGAGGGUCCGGAUUUGCGAACAUUUGCGUUGAAAACAAGAAGGAAAAGAACCUGUUUGAUUUUGAUGGCGUUAAAAGCAUUUUGCUGUGAUGCUAAAGAACGCAAGCGGACACGAGGCAGAACACAGGAGCGAGCUGGCUGAAAACCACGACGCUACAAUGCUCAUUUACAGCUUGCUUUGAUCCUGGUUUCGACAAUACUUCGAAAACAACCAAAGUGAAAGCCAGAAAAAAAAAUUUGUGCAGCCGGAAAGAUUACCGUCAACAAAACGGACAAAAAUGUAAUAUUUACAUAAAUGUCGACAGGUGUUCGAGCUCCGGUAAUUGAUUGCAAAGUCUGCAGAGAGAGCUGACGUGAGAGUAGAGUGUGCAGGAUCCGUUCUAGAAUGAAGAACAGCUCUGUUCACAGAUCUAGUUCUGUGUUUCCUCUGUAAAUACUGGCCCUUUUCUCUCUCUCGUAGUGAGGCCUCUGUUGUUAUUUCCAGAUCUCGGCCCUCAGCCUUGACCGCCAUAUUACAGGGUUAUAUUAUACUUUAUAUACAUUUGGUUGUACGAAAGGGGAACUGAGGGUGUAGACUACGUACUGCCAUGAAAGCUGGAUCAUUCUUUCAUCGCUUACAGUAUUUAUUAUUGUGCCAAACUCAGAGUCCUCAACUCUACAAUUUCAAAUUCAUUCAUAUUUACAAAACAUAAUCUAGUUUGCAUUUCCUCUUUAAUAGUCAAUUAUACGUUUAUAGGGAUCUCAAAAAAUAUUUGAGACUUGAUUCUCUUGCAUCGUGGAACCUGGUUGUUGUCAUGGUGAUUUGAUGAGCUUACUUUUCCAGAUGAAGAUGGAAACGCCAUAUUAGGUCUGAAUUACUUUAAACUGAAACAGAAAAUAGCAAUCUCUUUUAAAAACGGUACAAUCAUUACUUGCUGAAGGAACAUGCAGCUGUGUUAGAGUUACUUUGUGGAUGGAUUGGGCCUGGUUUUUCACAGAGGCAUGCUAUGUUAAAAUAACAUGAGCGUUGUCUAUCAUUUAAUGUGGAACUCUAUGCUCUCAUCAUUCUAAGUAACUAUUCAGGACAUCUCUACACUGCCAGUCCAUACUGCCAUUUAAACUCUGCCCCAAAUUGCAUUAUAAAGACCUUUUUUCUUGGUGCCUAGAACGAACUUUCAGAUCCAAGCACAUCCAUCUGAGUGCAUAGUCUUAAUGGAUUUAUAGUCAGAUUUCUUGUACAUUCCCAAUUACAUAUUCUUGAGUAUUUUAUUUAGUUUCCCUCUUGAUUGACAAGUCAGUAUGUAUGAUACAACAAAUUAUUUUGUUAGACUGUUUGUAAUGACUUGCAUGUAUACUCCUAAUUUCUUUAUUUUAUUCUUAUGUUAAAAUCGUAACUCUAACCCAAAGCUGGGUGUUUUUAAACAAUAUUUGAAGUUUUGAACACUUUCAUUAAUACUGAUCCAUGUCGUACUAUAGGUGUGUGAUUGUUUGUGCAAGAGAAGACAACAAAUUUUCACAAAAUGUUUUGCUUAUACACAAAUAAGUAAAAAUAGAUGGGAAGGUGAAUUUUACUGUGACAACCAACCAUUUUAAUUUUAAAGUGUUAUAAUAACAAUUCUUUGGAACAAUUUUUCUCUCAAUAGUUUUAUGUAAUGCCUGUGAAUAAGAUUGAGGAUUUGCUAGAACACAUUUCAGACAACUGCAGUGUGAGAUUUAUUUAAUUCAGAAGCUUUUUUAAAUGGAUAUAUAUAUAUUCUUUUUCUUUUUCUGUCUUUGUAUGUGCCUGAAAAUGCAUACGCUUGAUUACCUCUGUGUGUGUACACGUAUGGAAGGAAGAUGGCGUGUGUGUGUGUGUGUGUGUGUGUGUGUGUGUGUGUGUGUGUGUGUGUGUGUGUGUGUGUGUGUGUGUGUGCGUGUGCGUGCGCGUGUGCAUGUGUGUGAGAGAGAGAGAGAGAGCGAGAGAGAGAGAGAGAAACCAGUUUACUCUAUUUGUAUUAUGAUGCUGUAUGUAAAUAAUUUACCUCCCACUCACUGACUUUUGAUAAAACAGAAACUUAAAGUACAAUAGCAGGGAAUACAUCUAUCUGGGAUGGAACAUUGAUUUGGAGGGGCCCUUGCAAAAUUGUUUUGUAACAAUUGUAGGCCAGGAUAUGUGCAAUCCUUUAUUGUAUUCAAAUUCAACACUACUGUGCCAGUUUGAAAAAGUCUAGAGACUAAUAAAGUUUAUUGAUGUAUUUUGAUUUGCUGUUUAAUUUGGUCAAAGACCGAUGAGGAAACUUGUUUUAUCAAUGAUUGCAAAGAAGGCUUAUGAAGCAGCAUUCGGAAUUGGUUUGCAUAAAGCACAAACAGACGAUUAAUGCACUUUUACAAGGCAUUGUUUCUUCUAUGGAUGACCUUUAUAUUUCAUCCGUCUAAAGAGAAAAUAUAAAGGCCCCAUUAGAAGGUUGUACAGAUUGUGAAAAAUGUACAUAGACAAAUCUAGUUCACCCAUGCAUUUUUGUAUGAAAAAUUAAUUACAUGUGUGAAAAGAGUUAUUCAAAUUUGAUUUCAAUAUUUAGUAAUAUUGAAACUGAGGAUAAUUAAACACAGUAAGUGUGAAAAUAAGUGCUACAAAAUAUUAUUCUUCUGUCUCUUUGUACCAAACAAAGUGUUGAGUAUUAAUAAAAAAAUUAAAAUGGU